UGCAGCGAAAUACAUCAAUCGUUGUGACGUGGUGAAAAUUUUCGGCAAACUAUCAUCGUGCAAUCAAUUUUUUUGGCGUAAUUUCGGUCGGAAUCGGUGUAAAUUGCUGGCCAGCUUGCCACAAUACAAUUUUUCGCAUUUGGUCGCAACGGCUGGCGGUGAAAUCCGGCGUGGGAGACUCCGAAGAUGAGCUCAUUUAAGCGAGACAAAAAAGAGGAGGAAGAAGGGGGUAGUAACCCCUUUCUGAAUGUGGAGAAAACUGCGGUGCUGCAGGAAACACGAAUGUUUAACGAAACUCCGGUCAACGCACGCAAAUGCACCCACAUACUGACCAAAAUUCUCUAUCUCAUCAAUCAGGGCGAACAACUGGGCUCUCGUGAGGCGACUGAAUGUUUUUUUGCCAUGACCAAACUGUUCCAGUCGAAGGAUGUUAUUAUGCGUCGCAUGGUUUAUCUGGGCAUUAAAGAGCUCAGUCCGAUAGCCAGAGAUGUUAUAAUCGUGACAAGUUCUUUGACCAAAGACAUGACUGGCAAAGAGGAUUUGUACCGUGCCCCAGCUAUUCGUGCGCUAUGCAGUAUUACCGAUAGUACAAUGCUUCAGGCGGUCGAGCGUUACAUGAAACAGUGCAUUGUGGAUCGAAAUGCGUCGGUUUCAAGCGGAGCGCUGGUAAGCUCUCUGCAUUUGGCAAACACUGCCAGCGAGGUGGUCAAGCGAUGGGCCAACGAAGCACAGGAAGCUUUGAACAGUGACAACAUUAUGGUGCAGUAUCAUGGUUUGGGAUUGUUGUAUCAUAUCAGAAAAGCCGACCGGUUGGCUGUUACGAAGUUGGUAAACCGUUUGACCAAACAAAAUCUGAAAAGCCCAUACGCUGUGUGUUUCCUGAUCAGGAUUGCAUGUAAGAUCAUAGAGGAAGAGGAUGCAGCCGGAAAUUCCGGUACUGAAUCGCCAUUGUUCGAUUUUGUUGAAACUUGCUUAAGACACAAAAGCGAAAUGGUUGUUUAUGAGGCAGCUCAUGCUUUUGUAAAUCUCAAAAGAACAAACCCAAGAGAACUUUCCACAGCAGUUAGCAUUUUGCAACUGUUUUGUGGAUCUUCAAAAGCAACAUUGAGAUUUGCCGCAGUUCGAACGAUGAACAAAGUUGCCAUGCUUCACCCCCCGGCUGUAAACGCCUGCAACCUGGAUUUAGAGGGUCUUAUCGCUGAUUCAAAUCGCUCCGUUGCCACUUUAGCGAUUACCACACUACUGAAGACCGGUGCGGAAAGCUCUGUAGAACGCCUAAUGAAGCAAAUUGCCACUUUCGUGGCUGAAAUAUCCGACGAGUUUAAGGUGGUUGUAGUGCAAGCCAUUCGCGCUCUUUGCUCUAAAUUUCCCCGCAAGCACGGAGUUAUGAUGAACUUCCUUAGCGGAAUGCUACGCGAAGAAGGAGGUCUGGAAUACAAAACAUCUAUUGUUGACACUAUCAUUCUGAUAAUUGAAGAAAAUCCGGAAGCAAAGGAAUCAGGUUUAUCACAUUUAUGCGAGUUCAUCGAGGAUUGCGAACACACCUCUCUGGCUGUAAGGAUUUUGCAUCUUCUCGGCAAAGAGGGACCCUAUUCCAAGUGUCCCUCGCGUUACAUUCGGUUCAUCUAUAAUCGCGUCAUUCUUGAGAAUGCCACCGUAAGAGCAGCUGCAGUUGCAGCAAUUGCUCAAUUUGGUGCUUCCUGUCCGGAUCUACUACCUAAUGUACUUGUACUGUUGAACCGGUGUCAGAUGGAUUCCGAUGACGAAGUUCGUGACCGAGCUACCUAUUACUAUUCCAUCUUAAACAAAGCCGAUCCGGAGCUAAAUAAGUCCUACAUCAUCGAUAGUGGAAUCGUUUCCUUGCCACUGCUGGAGAAAUCCCUUAAAGAUCAUUUGAACGGUCCUCUGACGGAGAAGUUUGAUAUAUCGAUUGUUCCGAAAUCGCAAACCGUACAGCCGGAGGUCACCGAUGAAGUUAUGAUCAUGAAUAACACAAUUCCGAAAAUUCCACGCAUCACUCGCGAAGAAGCCAACACCGAAAAACUGCUGCAGAUUCCUGGAAUCCAUCGACUCGGUGCCCUGCACAAAUCUUCGACGCCGGUUCAGCUCACCGAGAGCGAAACCGAAUAUACGGUGUCCUGCAUCAAGCACUGUUUCGCUCAUCACGUUGUUUUCCAGUUCGAUUGCGUCAACACACUGUCCGAUCAGUUACUCGAGAAUGUCCGUGUCGAUUUGGUUCUACCGGAAGAGUACGUCACACGAGCCGUCAUUCCGUGUGCGAAGCUUCCGUAUGGCGAGAAAGAAUCCACCUACGUCAUUGUUGAGUUUCCACCGAAUCGGGCCAGUUCAAUCGCUGCCUUUGGAGCCACUCUACGAUUUGUGGUAAAAGAUUGUGACCCAACAACCGGGCUGCCUGAUUCGGACGAAGGUUACGACGACGAGUACAUGCUGGAGGACAUCGAGAUCACCGUGGCCGAUCAGAUUCAGAAAUCAAAGAAACAGAACUUCAAUGCCGCUUGGGAUGGUGCGGAUACUGACGAAUGGGUUGAAGCGGAGGAAACUUUCGUGCUGGCCACCGUCAGCAGUUUACAGGAAGCGGUGAACACGAUUUUGAAAUUCCUUGGUCUUGCCCCUGCAAAUCUUUCGGAGAAGGUUGCGGAUGGUGCGCACACACACUCGCUGCUGUGUUCUGGUGCAUUCCGUGGCGGUAUCGAGAUUUUGGUCCGUUCAAAGUUGGUCGUUUCGGAUGGCGUGACAAUGCACUUGACGGUACGAUCGACGGAUACGGAAGUCGCAGAAUUAAUUACAUCAGCUGUGGGUUAGACGAAACAGAAUCUGUGCAUCAUGAACUACGGACAUAAUUGCAUACACAUACGAAAAUCACACCCACAGACACACUCUUACUUACCCCCCUGUGCAAGAGAGUUCAUUCUUUUAUGUUAUAAACAUUGAAAAGUAUCUAUUCUAGAGGUUAGCGUUAAGUUUUUCGUCGGCAUUCGUUAGUGACUAUUGUAGAGUGUAGAAGAAGCAUCUGCAACAACAACGGCAAUUAGCAUCUGUAAGUUUAUCAGAACGAACAGAUUAAUGAAAUAAAGUACGAGUAAAUAGUUGAAUGAAUAUGUGAAUAAUUGUAUUAAUACUUGUACCGAAUGAUGAGGAAAAUAUAGAACUUUUCUUUUAAUCAACCAAAAA